AUGAAUGAAAAACGUACUUUGACUCAUGACCAAAAAUACAAAUUGAAAAUAAAACUAAAACGUUUAUCUUCCAAAGCUUUUGAUAAACAAUAUAAGAAAAAGAAAGCAGCUUGUCAAGCUACUUAUCGUCGUAAUAAAGAACAAAAACGAUUGAAUGAACAAGCAAUAGCAUCAGUAAUGCCAACAGAUGGAAGAAAAACAGAAGGUAAUCGCCGUCGGCGAUCAACUAUCAAUAAACUAAGAACUGAAAAUAUGAAACUCCAAGCAAAGAUAUCUGUUCUACAAAAACAAGUGAAGAAACUUAAUUUAUUAGUACAGAAAACAAAUGAAUCUUCAUCACCAGAAACACCACCAACAUCUCCAACAAAAUUAUUUGUAUCAAAUGUAAGUCCAGCUGCCAAAAAGCGGGCGACGAUGAGGAUUAUGGACAAAAGGGAAAACUUUGCACGUGGUACAGUUUCAAAUAUUCGACAGAAGUUUGGGAUUAAUAUAUCAAAGCAAUACACACCUUCAUCGACUAUGCCUUCUCAACUUGAAGAAACAAUUCGAGAUUUUAUGUGUAGAGAUGAUGUAUCAAAAUUAUGUCCAGGUAAAAAUAAACAAAUCAAUCAUCACCAAAUACGAUAUCGAUUGAAUCAUUUAACAGUCCUUCACCAACAAUUUGAAUUAGAAACAAAAAUGGAUAUUGAUUAUCAUACAUUUCGGCACUAUGUGCCUUCGUUUAUUAUUAAACCAAAAGUCGAUGAUUGGGGAGCAUGCUUAUGCAUUAUCUGUCUCAAUCCACAACUAAAAUUCGACAAACUAAACCAACUGAAAUCAACUAAACCAAUUCCCAAACAACUGUUGAAAUCUAUGUCGGUCGAUUUGAAUGAAGUUUUAAAUCAUCAAGAGUCGACUAAACAAUUAAAAGAUGCUUUACAUCAGUUAAAACAUGAAAAAUUUACUUUGACUUAUGCCGAAUGGAAAAAAGUGAAAUUGUCUACAAGUUCUUCGGCAGUAUCAAAAAAAGUUUCAUCAGUUGCUUCCAUGGAAGAUUUUAUAAAACAAUUUUCAGUAGAAGUUGACAACCUUGAACAUCAUUUGCAUCGCAUUCAUCAACAAUUCAAGGCAGCCAAACAGGCAAAACUCGAUGCACAACAAUCAGAUGAUAUUGCAACCAUGCAGGUGGAUUGA